GUUCGGUAGACAUUGCUUGCGAUUUGCUCUGCUCCCUUCCAUGGCGGGCGCGGCGAGUUUGAGAGCUUCUCGUAGCCGUCGGCACGGGAAGGAGACGAUUCGGUCCGAUAUCUUCAAAAACCGGACAAUUACGUUCGCAGUCGCUCUAAUUUUUGCUGAUGCAAUCCUGGUGGCACUUAUCAUCGCAUAUGUUCCAUACACAAAGAUCGAUUGGGAUGCUUACAUGUCACAGGUGAGUGGGUUUCUCGGGGGAGAGAGAGACUAUGGGAACUUGAAAGGUGAUACAGGGCCAUUGGUUUAUCCGGCCGGUUUCCUCUAUGUGUACUCUGCAGUGCAGAACUUAACUGGAGGACAAGUCUACUCAGCUCAGAUACUGUUUGGUGUUCUCUACAUUGUCAAUCUGGCCAUCGUCCUCUUCAUCUAUGUGAAGACUGAUGUGGUACCAUGGUGGGCGCUAAGUCUACUAUGUUUAUCCAAGAGGAUACAUUCAAUUUUUGUUCUCCGUCUUUUUAAUGAUUGUUUUGCCAUGACUCUCCUACAUGCGUCAGUGGCGCUCUUUCUCUAUCGUAAAUGGCAUCUUGGCAUGGUUUUUUUCAGUGGAGCUGUUUCGAUAAAGAUGAAUGUGCUUUUGUAUGCUCCACCUUUGUUACUUCUGUUACUUAAGGCCAUGCAUAUAGUUGGAGUGGUGUCAGCUUUGGCUGGUGCAGCUCUUGUUCAGAUACUCGUGGGAUUGCCCUUUCUGAUAACAUAUCCGGUUUCAUACAUAGCCAACGCUUUUGAUCUCGGACGUGUUUUUAUUCACUUCUGGUCUGUUAACUUCAAAUUUGUACCAGAGCGAAUUUUUGUGUCCAAAGAAUUUGCAGUAUGCUUGCUCAUUGUUCACCUUUGUCUUCUUGCGGUGUUUGCAAAUUAUAAAUGGUGCAAGUAUGAAGGUGGCAUAAUAGGCUUUAUGCGUUCUAGGCGUUUCUUCUUGACACUUCCGUUGUCACUCUCGUUCAGUGAUGCCUCAACCUCACUGAUUCUUACGAAAGAACAUAUUGUCACGGCCAUGUUUGUUGGAAAUUUCAUCGGCAUUGUAUGUGCUCGAUCUCUGCACUACCAGUUCUACUCAUGGUACUUCUAUUCGCUGCCUUAUCUGCUAUGGAGAACACUGUUUCCCACUUGGCUACGGUUGAUCUUGUUCGUUGGUAUCGAGCUCUGUUGGAACUUGUAUCCAUCAACACCAGCCUCCUCGGGUAUGCUACUGUGUCUACACUUAAUCAUCCUAAUGGGUCUCUGGUUUGCGCCUUCAGACAAUCCUUACCAACUCAAAGAAGACAAUAACUCCCAAAGACACAAAAAGCAUAUGUGACCCUUUUUAUGAUGCCCUCUCUUUUUCUUCUUGUGUUCAAGACUUAUUGAUAACUGAUAAGUGAUAAGCUAAGGAAUUAACAGUUUAACUUUUUUAUAUAUGAGUUUUUCAAAUUACAUGUGGUUAA